UGCUUGUUUGUCCUCUUUAUCUUAUAGAAUAGGGUGGUGCACUACGGUGUGGUCCACCCUUCCUACUAUUCAAUAUCGCAAAAUUUCACUUUAUACCCAUCUUUCGCGCUCUCUUUAUUCGCACCUUUACCUGUCGAAUCCUGAAUUCUCACCCGAAUCCCCUGCUAAGUCAACGCAUCGCACUCGCGACUUCCCGACGUCGCGCGCCCAAAAUGUCCGACUCUGACGAUGAUAUGCCUCUGGCUCGCACCAACGGCCACCUCUCGACCUCGAGUAAUUCCAAGACCGAAGGUAAAGCCAUGAACCGCAGCGCUACCAAACCUAAACCUAAGCCUGCUCCUGUGUCCAUUCGCAACGGCCCAGUCAACGAUGCGUCUCCACAAACAAACGGCAAUGGGAAGCGCAAGUCGAGAGCUUCUACCAACAACGUGAGCUACAAGGACGCGUCGGAGUCUGAAGAUGGGCGAUUGGCGAAGCGUCAAAGAAAAGUUGUUCCCGACGACUCCGACGAUGAGAUUCUCAGCAAGAGAAAGACUAAGCUACCACCCGCUGCGGAUGAGACUGCUAUGAUGGAAGAUUCGGACGAUGACCAGCCGCUGAAUGCUAAACUUGCUUCUAAGAGGAAGGCUAUCGAGAAGAAUGCUGAAAAGGAAGCAAAGGCCAUCAAUGCGAGCGCUUCCAAAUCGAAGAAACCUACUCCAAAGAAGGCCGUCAAGGAUGAGUCUGAUGAUGAUGUACCCUUAGCAGGUACCAAGGGGAGAAAGCGACCAUCCAACGGCGUCAAUGGAAAAGGAAAGGCUAACGGCGUCAAGAAAGAAGAGUCUGAUUCCGACUUGCCUAUUCGCAAGAAGGCAAAGACCGCCCCUAGCAAGGCUAAUGGGAAGGCUGAGAAGUCUACCCCAGCUAAGAAAACUCCAGCCAAGAAAGCCAAGAAGGAGGUGAGCGAAGAGCCAGCCGAAGGUGAAGAUGAGGAAGCAGAGUACCGUUGGUGGGACGCCCCCAAGAAAGAGGAUGACAGUGUCAAGUGGACUACUCUUGAGCACAAUGGUGUUCUCUUCCCCCCGGCUUACGAGCCCCUUCCAAAAGACGUGAGACUCAUUUACGACGGCACUCCAGUAAAUCUUCAUGUUGAAGCUGAGGAAGUUGCUGGUUUUUUCGGAUCGAUGCUCAACUCAACCCACAACGUAGAGAAUCCUACCUUCCAAAAGAAUUUCUUCAGCGAUUUCAAGGAGGUGCUAGACAAAACAGGUGGAGCAACAGAUCGAAAAGGCAACAAGGUCAACAUCAAAGAGUUUUCCAAGCUAGACUUCAAACCCAUCUUUGAAUAUUAUCAUGCCAAGAACGAGGCGAAGAAGGCUCGCCCGACUGCCGAAAAGAAGGCGGAGAAGGCGGAGAGGGAUAAGGCUGAAGCCCCGUAUAUGUACUGCAAAUGGGAUGGCCGCAAAGAAAAAGUCGGCAACUUCCGAGUCGAACCACCCGGGCUAUUCCGUGGUCGUGGCGAGCAUCCUAAGACAGGUAAAGUCAAGAAACGAGUUAUGCCUGAACAAAUUAUCAUCAACAUCGGCAAGAACGCAAAGGUCCCGGUUCCACCUGAGGGCCACAAAUGGAAGGCUGUUCAGCACGACAACAAAGCCACAUGGCUAGCAAUGUGGCAAGAAAACAUCAAUGGUUCAUACAAGUAUGUCAUGCUCGGUGCGACCAGUGCUGUCAAGGGCCAGAGUGACUUCAAGAAAUUCGAAAAAGCUCGAGAGUUGAAGAAGCACAUCGCAAGGAUCCGCAAGGACUAUACGAAGGAUCUGAAGGCAGAAGCCAUGGCCGACCGUCAGCGAGCCACAGCUGUGUACCUAAUUGACAAGUUUGCUCUGAGAGCUGGUAACGAAAAAGACACCGAGAACGAGGCCGAGACAGUGGGUUGUUGUUCGCUCAAAUACGAACACGUCACCCUCCAAGAACCCAAUAUCGUCAUUUUCGAUUUCUUGGGUAAAGACAGUAUUAGAUUCUACGAUCAGGUCACGGUUGACCGACAGGUGUUUAAGAAUCUUAGAGUAUUCAAGAAGCCACCGAAGAAGGAGGGCGAUGAUAUCUUUGAUCGCCUAACAACUGCGCAGCUGAACAAGCACCUUUCCUCUUAUAUGGCAGGUUUGACAGCGAAGGUCUUCCGUACAUAUAAUGCUUCUUACACCAUGGCGAACCUACUCAGGGACUUGAAGGUCUCAGAUUCUACCAUGGCAGAGAAGAUCAAACUAUACAACGAUUGCAACCGGGAGGUUGCUAUUCUUUGUAACCAUAAGCGGACUGUCGGUGCAAGCCAUGAAGCACAGAUGGAAAAGCUUGGCGAUCGUAUCAAGGGCCUUAAGUAUCAAAAGUGGCGAAACAAGAUGAUGCUACUGGAUGUAGACCCUAAGCUGAAGAAGAAGAAGGCCGUUGAUUUCUUCGAAAUGGACUCGGAUCUCAACGAAGCGUGGAUCCUAGAGCAUCAGAACUUUCUAGUCGAAGAGCAGCGAACGAAGAUUCAAAGGAAGUUUGAGAAAGACAACCAGAAGCGCCAGGAGGAUGGCGAGAAGCCGUUCCCUGAUAAGGAGCUCAAGGAGCGUCUCCAAGCUGCGGAUGAACUAGCGAAGAAAUUCAAGAAAGAGAACAAGACUAAGAAGGUAGAAGCCGAAGGAAGAGGUCCGACCGUUGAGAAGAUUGAAAGCAACAUCCAGAAGAUAGAAGAACGCAUUAGAACCCUGGAGCUUCAAGCUGCCGACCGUGACGGUAACAAGGAGGUUGCUCUCGGCACUUCCAAGAUCAACUACAUCGAUCCCCGUCUCACCGUUGUCUUUGCUAAGAAGUUUGACGUUCCUAUUGAGAAGUUCUUCUCCAAGACUCUGCGUGAGAAGUUCAACUGGGCUAUCAAGUCGAUAGAGGACGACGAUCACUGGGAAUUUUAAAGCCACGGGCUACCUAUCUAUUCUUAUUACUCUGGCGCAUCAUCAGUAUAUUUAUUGUAUAGUACACAUCCCGCCAAUGGCGCUCGAUGGUUAGAGAGACCUAGAAAGGAGACAAGAGCCGGGGAUGGAGGUCUCAGAAGCAGACCGGGGAAAGGAAGAAGGCGCAAUGGUUUGUGAGAGGAGGCAUAAAAACACUUCUACAGCAUGAUCGGACGAGCCAGGUACUUUAGCAUGGCGCGGUGCAUUCCGGGGGGUGCGAGUGUCGGGGUGGGUUCAUGGACAAUUCGAUUUGUGUCGCUUCCACUAGAGUAAUUCUAGACGGGCAGAAAUACGAUGCAUUAUUAAUUUCCUCAUUUUGGACCGAUUUUGCGAAGUAGUGCCUAUAAAAUCAUACGUAGGCUAGGUAGCUAGGAUCCAAUUAUCUACCUACCUACCUACCUACCUAAUUGUUACAUGGGUAUAGGUACUGAGAGGCUAUUUGAAAAGGGUCUGUUGUAAAAUACUGGUAGGCCAAUAUGGCUAACCUAGGUAGUAUCUACGCAAGUAAUAAUAGCCUACCUAUCCAGCCUUCUUCACGACCAGACGACUAGGCA